UGGACGGGGUGGAUCUGCUGAAAGUUCUGUGACUCUCGGUGCGCGAGUACGCUAGUGCAGCUCCUCACAAAACCCAUCCUCUAUCUUCGUAAAAACCGAGUUUCAUGGCUAUAGAUAGAAAUCCUAGCAGGCAGGCCCCUGGCUUCCCUACCAUUUUCGAAGAAACUCAGCAGCGAGCCAGUGGGCCCAGAGCUCCGGUGAGGUGGUGACCACCAGGCUCAAAGGAGCCUUUCUUUUCUAUAUCCCCAUAGAAUCCUGAUCGUCAGAUCUUAAUCGACGGAUAAGAUUGAGCUAGAAUCACAUUCAUGGGGAACUAUUGUAGCUCUGAAGAACCAAUAUCAGUUAAAGCAAACCAUCUAGCAGCUACAUCUCCAACCAAACCAAAGGAUACGAUUCUUUCCAAUAUCAACAACGUUGCAAAUGCACCACCUACUCCCAAAGAUGUCAACGAUUUCCGUCAAGUCAGCGGAUAUAUCAAUGUUGACAUCUUUACAUACAACGAGAUGAGACUAGCAACCAAGAACUUCCGGCCAGAUCAAAUUCUCGGCGAGGGCGGCUUUGGAAUCGUCUAUAAAGGCUUUAUAGAUGAGAAUGUUAGGUCAGGAUACAAGCCCACACAAGUUGCUGUUAAAGAGCUUGAUCCAGAGGGCUUCCAGGGCGAUAGAGAAUGGCUGGCAGAGGUCAACUAUCUUGGGGAGCUUAGUCACCCAAAUCUUGUCAAAUUAAUUGGCUACUGCUGUGAGGAUGAGCACAGACUGUUGGUCUAUGAAUACAUGGCCCGUGGAAGCCUUGAAAAGCAACUUUUCCGACGGGCAUCUGCUACACUUCCAUGGUCUACUAGAAUGAAGAUUGCCUUUGGUGCAGCGAAAGGGCUUGCCUUUCUUCAUGGAGCAGAAAGGCCAAUCAUCUACCGUGACUUCAAGACAUCAAACAUCCUGCUGGAUUCUAAUUACAAUGCAAAGCUUUCAGACUUUGGACUUGCAAAAGACGGGCCCAUGGGAGACCAAACUCAUGUUUCCACUCGGGUUAUGGGUACUUAUGGAUAUGCUGCUCCAGAGUAUGUAAUGACAGGUCAUCUAACAGCUAGAAGUGAUGUCUAUGGUUUCGGAGUUGUGCUUCUUGAGUUGCUCAUUGGAAGAAAAGCAUUGGACAAGAGUAGGCCAAGCCGAGAACACAAUCUGGUUGAAUGGGCCCGCCCCCUCUUGAACCAUAACCGUAAGUUGAUGAAGAUCCUCGAUCCAAGAAUGGAAGGCCAGUACUCAGUUAAAGCUGCCCAAAAGGUGGCCGCCUUGGCCUACCAGUGCCUCAGCCAAAACCCCAAAGGGAGACCUACCAUGAGUGAGGUAGUCGGUAUCUUGGACACUUUUCAAACGCUGGCAGGCAGCCAGGAAGAUCCAUUGAUCCAGAGUGGAGGUGGCUUUGUGACACUUUAUGAGGUUGGCACAAUCACAGCAGGUAAUCAGGCAGAAGGUAAGCAACAUCCAAGAAAGAUUCAGGAUGAAAGAGAACGUAUUACACAUCAAAGGACCAAACCAGCACAUGGAAGGAGCAAAAGCAAGCCUCCUAUUGAUUCUGAUCUUUACAGCCCUUAAGAUUUCAGUCUCCUGGAUGUCAAACCUCAGGAAACAAAAUUGCCUUCAGCAAGAAAUGGUAGUCAGCAAGCAUCUAUAGAUGAGAUUGAUCUGCAUAAGCUCUGAAUUUUUAUACAAAGCAAUCAAUUGUUCCCUUUCUUUCAUAUAUAUUGAACUAGGAAUUUGGAUGUGCAAAUUGCAUCAGAUUUCUCCCUAAUGUACAAGCCAGACUCAAAUUAAAAACUGGUUUUACAACUUC